UCCGGCCCGCCUCCUCUUCCUUCAGCCAGACCCUUCUAGGGCCAGUCUGCCGGGGUGGCCAAUGCGGGCUGCAAUUUGGAGACACCAAGCCAGUGAACCAUGGAGCUCCGUGUGGGGAACAAGUACCGCCUGGGCCGGAAGAUUGGGAGUGGCUCCUUCGGCGACAUCUACCUGGGCGCCAACAUUGCAUCCGGGGAAGAGGUGGCCAUCAAGCUGGAGUGUGUGAAGACAAAGCACCCCCAGCUGCACAUCGAGAGCAAGUUCUACAAGAUGAUGCAGGGAGGAGUGGGGAUCCCGUCCAUCAAGUGGUGUGGUGCCGAGGGCGACUACAACGUCAUGGUGAUGGAGCUGCUGGGGCCCAGCCUGGAGGACCUGUUUAACUUCUGCUCCCGCAAGUUCAGCCUCAAGACGGUGCUGCUGCUGGCCGACCAGAUGAUCAGCCGCAUCGAGUACAUCCACUCCAAGAACUUCAUCCACCGGGACGUCAAGCCGGACAACUUCCUCAUGGGGCUGGGCAAGAAGGGCAACCUGGUCUACAUCAUCGACUUCGGCCUGGCCAAGAAGUACCGGGACGCCCGCACCCACCAGCACAUCCCUUACCGGGAAAACAAGAACCUGACGGGCACGGCCCGCUAUGCCUCCAUCAACACCCACUUGGGCAUCGAGCAGAGCCGCCGGGAUGACCUGGAGAGCCUGGGCUACGUGCUCAUGUACUUCAACCUGGGCUCCCUGCCCUGGCAGGGCCUCAAGGCCGCCACCAAGCGCCAGAAGUACGAACGCAUCAGCGAGAAGAAGAUGUCCACGCCCAUCGAGGCCCUGUGCAAAGGUUACCCCUCCGAGUUCUCCACAUACCUCAACUUCUGCCGCUCCCUGCGGUUCGACGACAAGCCCGACUACUCGUACCUGCGCCAGCUCUUCCGAAACCUCUUCCACCGGCAGGGCUUCUCCUACGACUACGUCUUCGACUGGAACAUGCUCAAAUUCGGUGCAGCCCGGAACCCCGAGGACAUGGACCGGGAGCGGCGAGAACACGAGCGCGAGGAGAGGAUGGGGCAGCUGCGGGGGUCCGCCACCCGAGCCCUGCCCCCUGGCCCCCCCACAGGGGCCACUGCCAACCGGCUCCGCAGUGCCGCCGAACCCGUGAGCUCGACCCCAGCCUCCCGCAUCCAGCAAGCUGGCAAUACUUCUCCCAGAGCGAUCUCGCGGGUCGACAGGGAGAGGAAGGUGAGUAUGAGGCUACACAGGGGUGCUCCUGCCAACGUCUCGUCCUCCGACCUCACUGGGCGGCAAGAGGUCUCCCGGAUUUCAGCUUCACAGACAAGCGUGCCAUUUGACCACCUGGGGAAGUGAGGAGAGGCCACCUCCACACAGUGUUUGCUUAGUGUCUUCACUGUAUUUUUGUUUUAAAAACAAACAAAAGAGAUGGGGGGAAAAUAACACAAGAAGAAAACACCCAGCACCAACCCCGCGAUGGAUUUCCUUUGAUUAUUUUCAUUUUUGCCAACGGCUCAGAGAUGGGGUGCCUUCCCCACAGAGGACUCUCCCCUGCGUUCCCCGCCACCCCAACCUUCAGGCUGCCAAACGCUCCCUCGAUGCCAGGCUGCACGUGCCACAUGCCAAGGCCCCACCCCCACCCCGGCCUGGCCUCCACUGGGGCCCCAGCUGGAUGGGAAGCUCUCGGUGUUGAAGAUGCAGCGGCGCUCCGGGCCAUCGGGAGGGGCCUGCGGACCAGGCCCCAAGGAGGGGGUCUGGGUGGGUGGUAGAGGGCAGCGGGCUUCAUCCCACCGGACGUCGGUGAGCCCAGAGCCCCAGGACACAGCACAGCCCGCCCCCCUCCAAGAUGACGGUGGCCGACCCCCCCAUGUUGAGCUUUUCCCAGGGACCCCUCCCCUGAGCCUUUGGGGCCCUCCCACACCUCCCCAGGAAGACCUUCCGAAGCCCGUGGAGAGGCAGGAGCGGCCGGGUGUCCUGGUGCGUGUGUGUCUGUCUGUGACCUGUGUUCCCCUGGACAGCAGGUGCUCCAGACACACCUGCCAGAUGGCGUUUCUGUUUCUCCCCCAGACAAGGACACGGGGUAGGCAGUGACCUCCAGGUCCCUGAAGGAGAAGACUCAGGGUGCUUACCGCCCCACUGCCCCCAUACUGUCAUCAGCCUGUGACAGCCCCUCACACCCAUUCCCGGUCUGUGGAGACCCCUUCCAGAAGCUUCCGGCUCUUGGGUUAAUUCACUCCCAGGUCUUGACAGUCGCCUGGCCCCUUCCCGGCUGGCCUCUCUGGGGAGGAGCCACGGGGGUCAGGCCAGGUGUGGGGUCUGGCCGUCCUUCCUCCUCCUCUCCAGUCUCUGUUUUUAUUUUUGUUUGUUUCUUCCCGUUUCCUAAUUUAUUUACCUCUGUUUCCCCUUGUUUUCUUCUCCUUUUUUUUUUUUAAUUAAAGAGCAAAGCUUUUUAUUACUUUGUAAUUUAAAAAAACUGAAAAAAAAAAUACUGAAGAACUUUUGGGGGAAUUUUGUACUUUUUUCCUGUGUAAAUAUCGGGCUUUUUUGAGCUUUAUUGUGGUUGUUAAUUUGAAGUAAUAAAGUAGAAAAGGAUAACGUUA